AUGCACGAGAGAGCGAGGAAGAGAGAGAGAGAGAGAGAGAGAGAGAGAGAGAGAGAGAGAGAGAGAGAGAGAGAGAGAGAGAGAGAGAGAGAGAGAGAGAGAGAGAGAGAGAGAGAGAGAGAGAGGAGAGAGGAGAGUGGGGAGAGAGAGGGGAGGGCAAGUAUGAUGAUCGUCAAACUUAGCAAUAUCAAGCCAAACGUGAUCAAUAAGUGUAUCCCGCACAGUAGUCGAUGA